AUGGCUUCUGCGACGCCGGCGUCAUUGUCGGCUACGCUGCAGACAUCAAUUGUCCUUUGCCAGCGAUUCGCUGCAUCACUCGCCCCAAAUUCGCCGUUUGAAGUGCCUGAAAGCGACUCAACCGCACCUUCUCCCUUGAUCCUUUUACAUGCUGCCGCGACGACUCUCAGGGCGCAAGUGACCAAGUUGUCGCUAUUAGCAAUUACGCCUCCGUUCACCGCGACCGCCGUGACCACAUGUCUCCUCCCAUUAAACGAAUCAAUCCUCACUUCGCUAGUCACAGCCGCACUGCUAACGACACCCGACCAGACUAUACCGUCUUUCUCUGCCGAGUGCCGCAAUCUGGCUGCCGCAGCACUCCGUGAUAUGCAAACUCUCCUGCGACUCCUAGAGGCACGGAGUCAAACGGAGAAGCCCACAGCCGAACUUGAGGAAAGAGAAAAGAAAGGCUUUACAGAAGCCGCUGGCAAGAUCUGGGACGACUGCGAUAAACUCAUUCCCUUGGCUACCGAGGGCGUUGCCGGAUAUGUCGUGCGGAAGUCGAACCAGUGGCUCGACCUCAUGAAAGAUGCGGUGAAGGAAUUGGAAGAUUGGGAUCCCGAGGAUGAUAUCGAUGGCCACGACCCGUUCGGCAUCAACCUCAGUGAUCACGAUGAAUCUGAUGACGCCAAUGACGAAGACCGUCACAACGAUCGAGUCGCCAUAUCUGCAGGCGUCAAAGAACAAGCACUCAAAGUUUUGAACCGCAUUCCGCAAAGCAUUCACGUCGUCAUUAAGCAAAGGCUCGAGAAGAUUCCAACGGCCCAAGCCACCACGGCCAGCCGCAGGUCUGACUUGGACACGCUUCUCAGACAAUUCCGUAGUAUUUCUGAACUUAUCGACGAAUCUGCCGAAGGCAUGUAUCUGGGAGACCUUGAAUUAUGUCUCAAGAAGGCAGGCGAAGCUCGGGCGCUUACCAUUGAGGUGGUGGAAUCGGUACUGCACCGAUCUCAGAGGUGA